CGCUCCUCCCUUUCUCCCUCCUAGAAGACUCUCAGGGGCGGGAGCUUUUUCCCCCUCCUGCGGCUUGACGAGAAGGAGAGGCCCGCUCGGCUGCCAAUCAAGCGGCUCACCCAAUCAGGAGCGCGGCGCCUGUUUUUGACGUCUCCCCAAUCCAAUCAGCGUCGCCAUUGUUUUCCUGCGACGAAAUUCAAACAGAGAAAGAGCCGUUCCAUUGCUGCCUUCCUUUUCCCCCUCCGGCAGAGGCUUCCAGGAGAGACGGACUCAGCGUCGGCCGGAGAAAUGCAGGAAGAAAAUUUAAGUGAAAAAGGCCUGUUUGUCGCUUCUAUUAUGAGUAGAGUUAGAGACCUAAAAAGCAAAUAUAAAAAUGAAGACAACAUUACAGAUGAGCUUAAUAAGGUAUCAGCGGAUACAACAGAUAAUUCUGGAACUGUUAAUCAGAUCAUGAUGACCACAAAUAAUCCUGAAGAUUGGAUGAAUUUUUUGCUUAAAUUAGAGAAAAAGGGCAGUCCUCAGACUGACACCAGCUUAUUAAAUAGAUUAAUUGGCCGUUAUAGCCAAGCAGUUGCAUCAUUAUCUGCAGAAAAAUACAGCCAGAAUGAAAGUUACGCUCAUAUUCUAGUUAGAUUUGCAGAAUUGAAAGCUAUUGAAGAACCAGAAGAGGCUCGUGAUCAGUUCCAUCUUGCUAGACUGAAUUGCAAGAAAUUUGCUUUUGUCCACAUAGCCUUUGCACAGUUUGAACUCUCACAAGGAAAUGUAAAAAAGGCUAAACAGCUGCUUGAAAAGGGUGUGGAAUCUAGAGCCUUACCACUAGAGAUGUUGCAAAUUGCUCUAAGAAACUUAAGCUUACGCAAAAAGCUCCUGCUUUCUACUGAGGAAAAAGAAAAUUUAUCAGCUUCAAGCUCUCACAAUAUAGUUGGAAAUGUCCUGAAUAGAAAAAACAAUAUUGCUUCUGAGAUUUCUGCCAAUAUUCCUAACUUUUGCCCUGGGCAGAAAAAUAAUUCUCCUCAAGAGGGUGAAUUGGUCCUGAGUGGACGCAACCCCCUGAAGCAACUAAACAAAUCUAACCAGAUGUGCACCUUUGGAAGAGUUCCUGUCAAAUUAGUAUGUGACAGUGAGAGUGAUGAUACAGAUGAUUCUCUGAAGAAGGAUAUUCCUCCUUUUACCAAAAGGCAAAUAUCUAGUACCAGUCUGAAUCAUUUGCCAUCAUAUGAAACAAAAUCAAAUGGAAGUGAGUCAUAUCUGCCACAGAAUGUGAAGUGUUUGCCAAGCAGAAAUCUAGUAGAACCUCACUUGUCCGAUGAUGAGAGCUUGGAAGCAGCUACCAGUUCAUCUUUGACAUUAAAAAAUAAAUAUGAUUCCAGUUGCACCAUUAAAAGAAAAGAAACGGAAGAACAACAUGAUGAGCCAAAGAUCAUAGAGUCAAACUGUCUAGAAAAGCAACUGCAGAAUUUUGUUUCCAAGAGAGAUGACCAAAAGGAAAAUGAACAGUCCAAAUUGCACUGUUUUCCAUCGAGAAAUAAAUGGUCUCAUCCUGAAGCAUUGCAUAACAGAAACUCAGAGGGGAAAAGGUCAAGUUUUGAAUGCCCAGCAUUUCCAGUUUCUAAAAGAUUAUCACCACCAGAAUUACCUUUGCAAAGAUGUUCGCCACCAGAGACUGCUUCAAAAAGAAAAAGUCAGGCAUAUGUUGGCACAACACCUAGCAACAAAACCCUGCGUGAUUAUAUAACCUGUUUCAGUACUCCAGUCGUAACAAAUGAUUUUCUUCUUGCGGGAAGGGCAACCACACCGUACAACCAAUUUUCAUAUCUGCCGCCUUGCACUCCAAAAACCCCUUUCCAAAUGCAGACUGCAUUACAGAUUUCAGCUUCUGCACCACCAAAUGAAUGCAUUGUUGUUAAUGGAAAAUGUUACUCUGUGUUGAAACAAAUAGGCAGUGGAGGAUCGAGUAAGGUAUUCCAAGUACUUGAUGAAAAAAAGCAGCUGUUUGCCAUCAAAUAUGUGAAUCUAGAAGAGGCAGAUCAGCAAACUAUAGAAAGCUAUAAAAAUGAGAUUGCGUAUUUAAAUAAACUUCAGCAACAUAGUGAUAAGAUCAUUCGACUUUAUGACUAUGAAAUUGCGGAGAAGAAUAUCUAUAUGGUGUUAGAGUGUGGAAAUAUUGAUCUGAACAGCUGGCUUAAAAAGAAAAAGACAAUUAACCCAUGGGAGCGGAAGAGCUAUUGGAAAAAUAUGUUGGAAGCUGUCCAUACAAUCCACCAACAUGGUAUUGUUCAUAGUGAUCUCAAACCAGCAAACUUCCUGUUGGUAGAUGGAAUGCUAAAAUUAAUAGACUUCGGUAUUGCCAACCAAAUGCAGCCGGAUGUGACUAGUAUUGUUAAAGAUUCACAGGUUGGCACUGUAAAUUAUAUGCCACCAGAGGCAAUCAAAGACAUGUCUUCCAGUGGAGAAAAUGGCAAAUCAAGGUCAAAGAUCAGUCCAAAAAGUGAUGUCUGGUCUUUAGGCUGCAUUUUAUAUUGUAUGACCUAUGGAAGAACUCCAUUUCAACACAUAACAAAUCAGAUCACAAAACUUCAUGCCAUAAUUGAUCCUAAUUAUGAAAUAGCAUUUCCUGAUAUUACAGAAAAAGAUCUCCAGGAUGUAUUAAAGUGUUGUUUGGUAAGGAAUCCUAAACAAAGGAUAUCAGUUGCAGAAUUGUUAGUUCAUCCUUAUGUGCAUAUCCAAGCUAAUUCACAAACAGGGCAUUCAGGUAAAAAAGGAACAACAGAGGAAAUGAAACGUAUCCUUGGUCAUCUUGUUGGCUUGAACUCUCCAAAUUCCAUUUCUAGGGCUGCUAGAACUUUAUAUGAGCAGUGCAGCAAUGGUGAAGGCUUGGAUGUCUCUGCUUUUGCAAAUUCUGAUAAUCAGAAAACAUGGAGUGCAAAGUGAUAUGUAAACUUCAGUUUAAAAUGUAUUAAUUAAAAUAUGGAGUACUGUUCUAGGCAAAUGUUGCCUUUAUUUAGCAAAGGUGUCUUGCCUUUUAAAGUAAAGAUUUGCCUCAACAUUUCUUUACCAGUAUUGGUAUCUCAGUCACAUGGCAAUCAGGCUGGUUCCCUGCUAUAAUGUUUGGACAUGAAAAUAUUCAUAAAUUCUUGAAAGAUGAAGAUGUGGAAGAUCUUUUGUUGCAAUCUAAAAAUAGUGCAAAAUCAAUUUGACUUUUUUCCUAACCCACACUCUAAUUGAGAGCUGUGUUUAUCUUUAAGACUCAAUGUAUUAUUUUCUUUUUCCAUCAGGUAUAGUCAGCAUAUUGUUUUUCAGAUACUGUUGUUGGGGGAAACUUGGUAAGACAGUAGUAUAAUUUAGUCACCUUUAGUUCAUAUUUUAUUCUGUACAUACUGCCAUGGAAAAAUUUGACUUUCAAAUGACACCAGGUAUGCUUAUAAGCAAGAAAAAAGUAUCCUGUAAAUAAAAUAAAAUGGUUUACACUGUGUUAACAUUC